UCGAUCAACGUUUGCUGCUCAUCAUUUAUUUAAUUCUUUCAAUCGUUUUUUCUCUUUUGGCAAUAUUGGACCGAACAUUCUACUCUUCUUUUUUUUUCAAAUUGAUCAUUGUGUUGGAUAAAAACGUAAUUUUUCCAGAAGAAGAGGGAAAAGACGCAGUUUAUCAAGCGAAAAAAAAAAUUAACAAUGGAUUCAAAUGAAGUGAUUACAACUGAGUCGGAUUUGGCUGAACUGUGCGAACGAGAAUAUCGAGUUGAUCCAUCAAUUCCGAAAGAUUCGCCGAUUUCGAAUUUUUUCGCAGGGAAAACUGUACUUUUAACGGGGCCAACGGGUUUCUUGGGGCAUCUUUUACUUGAAAAAAUACUCCGGAUAGGUGUGAAACGUGUGUAUGUGUUGAUGCGUGAAAAGAAGAAUCGAAAUUCUCGUGAACGGCUUGAAAAAGUGUGCAAAGGUCCUGUUUUUCAACAUUUGCCCAAAUAUGAUCCGAAUUUUCUGGAUCGUAUUGAAAUAGUGACAGGCGAUUUGAGCCAACCACGUUUGGGCAUUCAGAGCAAUGCCAUUUUGGAAGAAUUGAAAGAAAACAUCGAAAUUGUUAUUCAUGCGGCGGCCGAUGUUCGUUUCAAUGAACCAUUGUACAAUCUCAUUUGGUGCAAUCUUGUGGGAACACGCGAUUUACUUGAACUAUCCAAGCAAAUGCCAAAGCUAAUGGUGUUUGUAUACAUGUCAACCGCAUUUUCAAACACAAAAGAAAAUUCAGAGAAUAAAAUUGCGGAAAAAUUCUACGAACCACCAAUGAAUGCGGACAUUUUAAUUGAUUACGUUCAGGCGCAUCGAAGCGAAAAUGAUCAGGAUCUAUUGAACAUGAUUGCACCGAAUCUGAUUGAACCGUGGCCAAAUAAUUAUACAUUUUCAAAGGCGCUCAGUGAGUCGGUGGUGCGACGCUAUAGCAAUGAUUUUCCGAUAGCUGUCAUUCGACCGACCAUAGUGAUAAGUACGUAUGCUGAUCCAAUAAUGGCCUGGUCCAAUUCAUACGGAGGAAUGAAUGGUGUUGUGGCCGGCAUCGGCGGUGGUUUGCUGCGAAAUUUAUUCUUCAAGAGCGUCGAGUUGAAUAUUGUGUGUGCUGAUUUUGUAACGAAUGGUUCGUUGGCUGCUGCAUGGCAUACAUGCAACGAGUAUGGACGCAAUCAGUUUGAGGCGAAAAUCUAUCAUAUUAAUCGCGUUAGCGACCCAGCAUUGAUAUUUGACAAUACGGUGAGUUACUUAGUGCAAGUUGGCCGACGAUUGGUGGUUCCCAUGAAUUCGGUUUGGUAUACCGUGUGCCAGAAAACAUAUUGUGAUUGGCACGAUGACCUGCUGCGUAUCAUCUAUCAAGCCAUUCCAUCGAUGAUUAUGGACCUGUUUAUAUCGUCGCCAAAAUACAAAUUGACACCAAUCGUUCGGAAAAUGAAGACCUUUGCCGAGGUCAUAAAAUUCUUCAUCCACAAUGAAUUCGUGUUUGCCAACGACAAUCUGUUUGAUGUCAUAAAUCGGAUGACGGAAUACGACCGAAAAUACUUUAUUUGCGAUCCGCGCGUUGUUGACUGGAAAAAAUACUACAUUGUCUAUAUUAUCGGUGGUCGUAAACAUUUAUUGAGGGAUUCAUUCGACAACUUUGAACAAGCCUGCAAACGUAUGACACGCCUCAAAUACCUACAUUACACUCUUAAAUAUACUUGCAUCGCAUUGAUUUUAUUCAUUUUUUAUCAAUUGUUCCUGAAAAAGUUUCUCAUUUAAGGUUUGAGUGUCAAAUACUUUGGUUGUAUAAAUGAAUUUAAUGUAAAAAAAAAAAAAUCAUUUAAAAUUGAAUCUUUCAUAAAUAAAAAAACGAUUAUAUCCAAGCGGGUGGAAAAGACUUAA